GGCGGGAGAGACUUGAGCUCCAUUUAUAGACUUACUGUAUGUAGAAAGAGAGAGAGAGAGUCAAUGUGGGUGCACAUGUGCUGCUGAAUACAGCUGCCACACAGAGGGAAGGAUAUCCCAUUUUACUUCUGCAAGAGAGAGAGAGAGGGAGGAAAGAAAGAAAGAAAGAAAGAAAGAGAUUAAACACUAAAACGAAGAAGCAAACUUUCUCCUGUUGAGAAGAAGCAAACUUUCUCCUGUCUCUUCAGCAGAGAAGAGAACGUGCUGAAUCAUCACUAUAUAAACACAGACCAGCCACAGGAAGGAGGAAAACUUGUGAGCUGUCAUGGCUCCCAGCUUGGCCCAGGCGUACAGGAGGAGGUGGUGGAUGGCCUGCACAUCCAUCAUAGAGAACCUGCUCUUCUCUGCUGUUUUGCUGGGCUGGGGCUCACUGCUCAUCAUGCUGAAGAAUGAAGGAUUCUAUUCACACGUUUGUAUCGAGAACGAGACUGUCAGCACCAAUGUGACGUCAUUAGAGACCGGUGAGUGGAAAAGUUGCGUUGAGCAGGAGGAGAUACUGAAUCUGGGCUUCACCAUUGGCUCGUUCCUCUUGAGCGCAGCCACUUUACCCCUGGGGAUUUUAAUGGACAGAUUUGGACCACGCCCACUGAGGCUCAUUGGCAGUGCUUGUUUUGCAUCCUCUUGUGCAAUGAUAGCUGCUGCUGCAUACAACCCUGAAGUGCUGUCUUUCCUCAUCUUCUUGGCUGUCUCCUUCAACGGCUUUGGAGGAAUCUGCCUGACCUUCACUUCACUCACACUUCCUAACAUGUUUGGGAAUAUUCGAUCCACUGUCCUCUCCCUGAUGAUCGGCUCCUACGCUUCUUCAGCUGUCACUUUCCCUGCCGUCAAGUUGAUUUAUGAUCUUGGCGUGUCAUUCCGAGUCAUCAUGUGGGUUUGGUCUGGAAUGGCCUGCUUGGUCUUCGUCAACUGCUGGCUAAACUGGCCUGCUGAAUCCUUCCCUGCACCUGAAGACAUCAGAUACACUAAAAAGGUGAAGCUGAGCGGGGUUGUUACAGAGGACAAGAUGACCGGGGACAGGUACAUCACCCAUGUGACAGUCAUGGAAGACAUGAUGGGAGCCAAGCAGACAGAGACCGAUCAACAUGACUCCCAAAACAAAAGCCAGGAUUCAAUUCCACUCUGUCAAUCUGUGUGCUCUCCCAUCUUUCUGUGGAGCGUCAUCACCAUGGCAAUGACACAGCUGAGGCUGAUCUUCUUCAUGGGUGCCAUGAACAAAAUGCUGGAGUUCCUGGUCACGGGUGGCGACCCAUGCGAGGUAUGUUUCCUAUUAAUAUUGACUUCACUCUUUUAUCUCCACGUGUCCUCCCCAGUUGGCUUCUACUCGUAUAUCUUCGGUACAUUACAGCUGCUGUGUCUACUGACCUGUCCUUUAAUUGGCUACAUCAUGGACUGGAAGAUGAAGGAGCCUAAAGUAGAAAAAGGGACCACACAAACAGAAAAGAGCCAAUCAGAUCCCCUAAAGAGAGACAAAAAGAUCCAGAGACUGACCAAUGCCCUGAGAGCUUUCAUCUUCACCAACCUCCUAUUGGUCUUUUUUGGAAUAAUUUCCUUGAUUGACAACCUGCCCAUACAGGUGGUUUCAUUUGUUCUGCAUACUGUAGUCAGAGGAUUCAUCCACUCCUGCUGUGGAGGUCUCUACGCUGCUGUUUAUCCAGCAAACCACUUUGGGACACUGACAGGCAUGCAGUCAAUGAUCAGUGCUGCGUUCGCCUUGCUUCAACAGCCACUGUUCAUGGUGAUGUUGGGACCUCUCAAGGGAGAUCCUUACUGGAUCAAUUUGGCCCUUCUCAUCUUCUCCCUGACUGGCUUCCUGUUGCCAGGCUAUCUGUUCUAUCACCGUAGAAACUUGAUCAGGGCAAAGGCAAAGUUUGACAGGCUGGCUGCCAGCCAAUCAGCUAAAGAGAGUACACCUCUAACCCUAUCAAACGGUGGAGCUGCUGAGAACCAUGCCAAUGGACAUGCAGCUAAUGGAUACACACCGAAUGGACAUACUGCUUAGAUGACUGAUGGGAGUGAAAUGACCAAAUCAUAUGACUUAUUUUUUUAAUGGUUGUUCAGUCGUUGACCAGCUGCAUGAACGAAACAAAACAUAUAUAUUGAAAAAGUUUUCUUUUAUCAGUGUCAUCAAAGUUGGGCUAUCAGAUACGACAUAUUUAAUACAAACAAAACAAAAAGGUUAAAGUCAGUAAUAGCGCCACAUUUUGGCAGGGUUUGCAAUGAAACAGGAAGUAACAUCUGUAACCUAAUGUCAGGCUUCUCAUUUGGAAAAUAUUCUUUGACUUUGCGCUAGAUUCCAUCAUGUUAUCAUUUAAAAACAACAUGUAAGGGCGUCUCACUGGAUCAGUUUGUAAUGCUGUCACCUCACAGCAGUAGGGCCAACCAUGCUCUGUCCUGACUGGACUUUGCUUGUUGCCCUCCUGAUUAUGGGACUUGGCUUCUCCCCUAACUCUCUACAGUGAGAAUAUGUGUACAUGUGAUGGACCAGUGAACUGCUGGGAAAGGAUCCAUUGCCUAACACCCUGGCAAUAAGUGAAAAAAAAACCUUAAAAAAUCAUGGACCAUACCAAUGUUAAAAUAGAUUAGAGUACUUCAUUAAUCCCAAUGGGAAACUGCAGAAUUACAACAGGCUCAUCACACAUGGAUCACAAAAAAACAACAACACAAUGACACAACGAAACACAAAGACAAUAGAAUAAUAAAAACAGAUAGUAUCAAAAAAUGAAUUAAAUAAAAGCUAGAACCACACUCUAAAUAUAAUCAAUGGCAGUGCCAGUUAAUAUUCUGCACAUGGAUAGUGAGAGUCUAGUAGAUACUUAACAUUCUUAGGUAUUGAUAUGGCAAGGUGCUGCAUUUGAACUGCAUCGAUGAGUAACACACACAGUUAUGUGUUUGUAUAGUGUAACACACUUUCCUUAAGUAAUCCAUCGCAGUAGACAGUAAAGUGAAAGCCUGUACUCCUACAGUUAUGGGUUAUCUUUACACUGUUAAGUCAUUUAGACACGUUUUUAACAGUUUGAAGUUCAUAACUGUUAGUUACAGAAAUAUCAUUUUUGAGGCCAAAAAAUGAGACUUAUAUUUAAGAUGUGUUGUUAUACUGGUGCUUCCAUAUUUUACAUAGAAAACAUGGUAUACUGUAUAUGGUAGUUUCUAUUCAGGCUAGUAAGUAAGAAGGAGUAACUUCAAUGAAGCUGAUAGCAUGAAAGCAACAAGCAAUAUAUAUGGAUCCCCCCACCCCCAGUGUGUAUUAAAGGAAUAGUUUGAUAUUUUGGGGACAUUUGCUUAUUUUUAUUUCUUGGCAAGAUUUUGGAUUAACACCUAGGCCUGUCACAAUAAUGAUUGACUUAUUGUACAAUAAUGUCAUUAUCGACAUCAUCACGUCUAUAUAUGGACUUAUCAUAUGAUACAUGGACAUGACCUUUAUACAUUUUUUGACCUCAAUAUUGCUACACUUCAAAUUAGCAGCUAAGAGACUAUUCAUGUCACAUUGGCUAAACAAGUAGUGUCAUCCAUUCCUUAUUGUGUACAUCCUGAGUGGAGACUGUAGAAGAAUUAAAGGUAAAUAACCCUAAUGGCAGUCUGUGUUUUUACAGAAGUGUAGCACCUACUCUCCAACCCCCCCCCCCCCCCCUUACAUUAUUGUACUAUUGUAUUAUCAUUAUAUCAGUGGUAUAAAAUGAUCUUCAUAAUAAUCAACAAAUAAUAUUGUUUAUCCCAAUUAUUUCUGAAACAAUAUAUCGUCCAAUAAAAGUAUUGUGACAGGUUUAUUUUGCACAUCUACAAAACUUCAGUGUGACAGCUUCUGGAUACAAAAAACAAUGAAGUUGGUCCAAAAGUUACAAAUAAAGUAAAGGGAGUUUGAUUUAGAUCUAGCCUAUUAAUAUGAUUGUACUAGCUACGGGAAAAUAAUUGAAUGGCGGUCAUAUUUAUUGACAGUAACUGUCUAGUUUUCAUAAUCAUGGAUUCUUAACAGCAGUAUACAUAAAAGUGCUUCUAAACUGGAUUUAACUUUAAACUAUCAGGUCAUAAAAAAAAGAAAGCACUAAUUGGUUCCACUCAAAGGAGAACAUUAAGCAAAAUUCUUAUUGAGGCUGGUGCAUUAUACAAUCUCUCUUAAUCUUUUGUAACUUUCUGCCAUAACAACACUUAUAUAGCAGUUAGUUACAUUGAUAGUCAUGUAGCAACCAACUCUCUCUGUACUGUAAAUAUGACUAUAUGUGAAAGUAAUUUUAGUUUUUUUUUUUUCCUGAGCUCAGUAUUAGUUUAUCUUUUUUUCAGGCUUUAGGCAGCUGUGCACCAUGCUUUUUAUACAAUGUUAGCAUCUCGUUGCUGGUAGUUCUUCUUUGCUGCUCUUGAUCUUGAAAUGACUUAAUAUGACAUCACAAUCUAGAGAUAUUUGUAGCCAAUCACAGCUCUGUUCGGGCCAGUAUUUCCUAGGAGAGCAAGAAGAGGGGGAGGAGUUGAUGUCACUGAUCCGUGACAACUUUAAUGGACAUAAAAUAUCCAAAUUAAGGUGCAAGUCCAAUAAGUCAUUUCUUUUUGAUAAAUCAGAAUGUCAUUUUCCAGUCCUUGUUUUAUCCCAACAUGUGACUGCAACAACAAUUCCUCCUCCUAUCCUCUCCUAAAGGUUUUCUGAGAUUCUGUGCAGGCACAGACCUGUUUGGAGCAAAAGUGAAAGUGAAAAGUGAGUGACAAAUACAGUAAAGGGGUUCUUUUUUUUUUUUUUUUUUUAAAGAAAAAAGAAAAGAAGUGUGAUGUAUUGUAUUUUAAUUUCGCAAUUCAAGAAACACUUGAAUUUAGCAAAGCUGAGCGAGCAACGAGGACUGAAGAUUUGAAACUGUUUUGCUGUGAAUGCCUGCAGGCUGAGCGCACAACAUGGCUUCUAGUCAAAUCUGUUUGUUAAUAGAGACCUUGUACAGUGUUAAUAGAAACAAUGUGACAUUAGUUCAAUGAUAGGAUUUAUUCGAUGAUUACAUAAUGAUGUGUAAAAUAGCUGCGAUGUGUGUGUGUGUGUGUGUGUUUGUGUGUGUGUGUGAGACAUAAUCUGCAUGCUUUGGGAGUGACUACCAGUAGGUGCACUGUGUCUUCAUACAAAGGCAACAUGUGCACAAAUAAAGAAAACACAUUAUUUGAACAUAAGUAAUGCAAUCUGAUGGAAACACAGGAAGGUCGCAUUUAUUGCAUGUCCAUUGUACAGGUGUUCCUUUUAUUUUGUCCACCCUAAUGUAUGUUAUUAUUGCAUUGUUUAUCAGUGAUGACUAAGAAUAAACUGUCACAGCGUUCACUGUCACUCAUUCUAGUGAUGACGAGGGAGCAAAAACUUGACAUAAAGUCAAACACCACAAAUAAGAUAUUUAUCAUUUAGCUUUUAAUUAUAUAAAGAUUUGUUCACUGUAAAUAACUUUUUCUCAAAUAUGAAGAUUUAUUUUUGUGUUACAUUUUAGUUGGUUUCUGACUUGAUUUGCGAUGUUGCUUUGAUUUGUUGUGGAGAAAUGUAAAAAAUCAUUAAAAAUGUUCAAUUAAUUGA